GAAUGUGACAUUUUAGUUAACCUAAAUUUUAGUGUCAUUUUUUAAGAGAUGUAAACACUACAUUUGAAGUACAAUUACUUUGAUCGAAGAAAGUAGAGAAAAUGAUGUAAAAGUUACUGUAGACGAUACUUUAACCAUUAUUGCAAUAUCAGUAGAAUACAUAUUAAAACGAUUUUUAAAAUGUAGAGUCUGUUGUUAUGGCUCUAGGUUUACACAAGAAUAGAAACUUAUAUGAAUGCUUGAGACGAACAAUUACAACUAAUAUUUUUAGUUUGAGUAGCAAGAAUGUUCACGGUAAAAUGUUAUCUAUAGAAGUUGAUUCUAUGGACACUUUCACUACUCAAUUGAUACAGAAAAAGGUAGACAAGUGGAGUGCCCUGAAAUCCGUUACAAAAAAAUCCUAUGCUAUUAAAAUAGAAGAGGAUUCCUCCCCCGACAAAUUACAAUUAAGUAGUGAUCAAAUUAAUACAUUAUUCAAAGAAUUUAUUGAUUUAAAUGAUAAUUGUAAAAUAUUCAAUUUAAUACAACAAUGUAUAGCUUUGGAAAUAUGCCCAUCUUUAUCCAAUCUUUUAUAUGCUUUAUCAGUUUGCUCACAGUGUGGGAACGUUGAAACUAUCAGAAGAAUUCAAGAUUUAUGUAAGAAAACAAAUCCCUCUGUUUUAGAACCGCAUUCAUAUUUCAAGCACUACAUAGCAGAAGCAAUUUGGAUUAAAGGGAACAUUCAUGAAGCUUUAAUAUUGCUUAAAGAAGUUUAUCAACACAAUACACUUCUAAGACGUAGAGUAAGAUUAAUUUGGAAAAACUUGAUAGUGGAUAUUGUAGCAAGUAGAAGCAAAGCAGUACUUAUAAGCAUAAUAAAUUUCGCAGAAUAUUUAGCCAAAGAAUAUAAAGAUUAUUUUCCUUUAGCUUGUGUUUGGCAAAUAUGUUUUCUAAGCGAGUGGUAUUCAGAUCAAUGUGAAGCUCUUGAUUUAUUGAGCAAACAUGAAGAAUUGAGAAAAAAUGUUAUCAGUAGAAUAUCUUAUGUAGUUGCAAUAUCAUUACAAAAUCAUAGAACAGAUGUGGUAUAUAGGUUGUUGGAAACACUUCUCAAGUAUGAAAUGAAAACACAGUAUAGUGGUGUCUUAUUAUCUCUUCUGGAUUAUCAAAUGCAUCAAAAAGAUCUACGGAGAUGCAUUGAAAUCAUCCAAUGGUCAGUACAGAAUGAAGUCCAGUUACUUCCAAAUCAUCAUGAGAAGUUUCUAAAAUUGUUCAUAACUAGUGAAGAACAUAAAGUUCUAUUGAAGAAAUUUAAACCUGUCACUAUACCAAAAACUUUAACAAACUACAAAUUCUAGUUAAUAGGGUUUAAUGAAAUUGUAGACUAGAAUAAUAAAUUUAUUUAAAUAAAAUCACAUAUGAAGAA